AAUAUUAAAAGUGGAAAAACACCAGAUGCCACCGUUAUACUGUAUUUGGCAGCCAUGAUGAUGCUGGCUAAUAAAAGCACUGAGAGAGCUGUACCACACUUCAUUUUGCUUGGUUUUCAAAGCUCUCCAGCCAAUCGGAGCUGCCUCUUAUUAUUUUUUGUUGUUGCAUACAUAAUCAUAAUCCUGCAAAAUGUAGCAGUGAUUGUGGUAGUUCACUGGGAUUCCAAACUGCAUACACCAAUGUACUUCUUUCUCACCAAGUUAGCAUGCUUAGAAACAUUGUAUGUGUCAGUUACAGUCCCUAAAAUCCUGGCUUGCCUUGCUACAAGCAAUAAUGCAAUUUCUGUAGGUGGGUGCAUACUACAGUUGUACUUCUUCCUUUCCUUGGCAUGUACAGAGUGCUUCCUCUUAGCAGCAAUGGCUUUUGAUAGAUAUUUGGCUAUUUGUGUUCCAUUACGCUACCACUGUAUUAUGACAAGCAAGAUGUGCUGGAGUCUGACAUGGGCAAGCCUGUUUAUGGGCUUCUUGUCUUGCUCAUUCUCAGUAGGUCUAAUCUCUAAACUGAAUUGCUGUGGACCAAAUGUUAUCAACCACUUUGUGUGCGACAUCUCCCCUGUUAUAAACCUGUCCUGUGAGGACAUUUCAGCUGUAGAAUUAGUGGAUUUUAUUGCCGCAUUGAUUGUGUUGCUUAGUUCAUCCGUGCCAAUCAUUGUGUCAUAUAUUUAUAUCAUAUCCACUAUACGCAAAAUAUCCUCUGAGAAAGGAUGGAAAAAAACAUUUUCCACGUGUGCCUCCCACCUAACAGUAGUCAUUAUAUUUUUUGGGACAACCAUCUUUAUGUAUGCACGGCCCAAGGCCAUUCAGUCUUUUGAUUUUAACAAGUUUCUGUCUGUGCUGUAUUCUGUUAUCAUCCCUGUAAUUAACCCCAUGAUUUACACAUUAAGAAACAAUGAUAUGAAAAGGAGUAUGAAAAAUAUGUUUGGCGCCAGUUUACCGUUGAGAAAAUAA